UGAAGAGAGGCAAGAGGGGAACUUGGUUCAGAAGGCUUUGGCUUCUGACAGUCAUGGACUCACUGGGCUGCUGAGGAAGAUCCAGCCAUCUGUUCACCUGCUGAACGCAUCUAGGAAACAACAGUUAACAGCGGAAGUCAAGUAUGGAAAUGGUGAACUGAGAAGAGCCCGAGGAAGAAGUGUGUGACCAAAUCAGGAACUUCAACUACAAAGAAGAUGAGUGACCCAUCAAAAAACAACCCGUGCUGCCCGCCAAGUCCUCCCUGCUGCCCACCCAAACCAUGUUGCCCACCCAAACCAUGCUGUCCGCAGAAACCACCUUGCUGUCCCAAGUCCCCGUGCUGCCCACCCAAACCAAGCUGCCCACCCAAAUCCCCAAGCUGUCCGCCAAAACCCCCAUGCUGCCCGCAGAAAUGCUCCUGCUGCCCGAAAAAGUGCACAUGCUGCCCGCAGCCUCCGCCUUGCUGCAAUCAACCCAACUGCUGCUGUGCAGAGAAUAAGGCUGAAUCAGACUCUGAUUCCACAGCUGGCCAAACUCAGGACAAGGGCACGCCAACACAACAGAAGAAGACAAACAAGUAGACUGCCCCUGACACCAUGCCCUUCUUCAAAGCGUGUGGGAUUACUACAAGUCAGGCUAAGACUAUGUUUUAAGGAUGCUGUUUUCACACUAACAUAGACUACCAUUUCCACCCAACCAUAGGCUACUAUUCGCAACUGGAAAUGGAAGGUAGAAAAGGCUGGAGACAUUUUGCCUGGUGAUCUUGACAUUUAGAUAGCACGAAAAUAAAAGAGCAAUAAAAAGAA